AUGGCGCCAUCGGACUCUCAUGACAAUGGAAUACCGCGUCCCCAGAUCGAAAGCGCGGAAUCCAUUACUUGCCCCUCUGGUGCUGUCGGCCUAGAGACCACAGCCGUCCAACCCCUUUCGGCGCCCGUUGCAGGACUUGUUCCGCCAGCCGAUCAUAUGCAGAAUUUGAUGCCUAUUCCGGAUGAAAGCCCCCUGUCCGUUUCCGAGAACCUCGAUCGGGUCUUCCCGAUCCGAUCCGUCGUCUCCGUUCAGCCAUCUGUUACUGACUUACCGGAGUCGGGCCGCACCCCAGAAAACAAUCCCUCGUUGUCCCUGGAAGACUGUAACGCUGUUAGUCAUCGGGGACAAUCACAGAUGGUCGAGAGGAGUGACUCCAAGCCCGCCGCGAAUGCUCCACCUGCGGGAAGUUGCUCUUUUCAGAAUCCUGCCUCGCCAUCCAUUUCGCAGACCGCCCAGGAAAAGCCACGUGAAGAUCGGAAUCACGUUACAACGCGUUUCAAACACAUCGUCACUGAUAAGGGCCAUGCAGUUGUCACUGGGCAUGGUGAUACAAACUUUCAAUACUGUGAGGAUGAGCCGAUUCAUACGCCGGGUGCCGUGCAAAGGUUUGGCGCCAUGUUGGUAUUGCGAGAAGAAUCGGAGGGUCGCCUGAUUGUUAGAGUCGCCAGUGAAAAUUCCGAAAGCAUCGUAGGCUAUUCUCCAAAUGACCUCUUCAGCUUGGAAAGCUUCAGCAGCCUGUUGAUUGGCGAACAACUCGAUAUCCUCCUAGACCAUCUGGAGUUUGUUAGAGAUGACGCGUGGAAUCCUUCUGUUGACGGCCCAGGAGUGUUCAUCGUGUGUGUUUUACAACCGGAUGGCGAGGCACGCCGGCUCUGGUGUGCUAUUCAUAUCAACCCAGCGCAUAAAGACCUUGUUAUUUGCGAAUUUGAAUUGGAAAAAGAUCGCAUCAACCCCUUAAAUGUUUCGGGCGAGAGUGUUCCGCUAACCCCAGCUCACACUCUGGGCUUUGAGCCGUCGCCAGAUGUAUUCGCAACAAGCACUCUUCCUAUCAGCCAGCCGUUACGUGUUCUUCGAAACGCUCGUAAGCGGUAUGGUGAAGCUGCUGCAAUGGACGUCUUUAGUAUACUCGCACAAGUACAAGAACAGCUUGCUCAGGCAGGUUGCCUUGAUGAGCUGCUAAAUAUUUGUAUUGGCUUGAUCAAGGAACUGACAGGUUUUCACCGUGUCAUGAUAUAUCAAUUUGAUCCUAGCUGGAAUGGCAUCGUUGUCGCUGAAUUGGUGGAUCCAAGAACCUCUAAAGAUAUGUAUAAGGACCUUAGGUUUCCUGCUUCGGAUAUCCCCAAGCAAGCCCGCGAACUUUAUAAACUUAAUAAAGUUCGUUUGCUUUACGACCGCGAUCACAUUACUGCACGUUUGGUUUGCCGAACUUUGGAGGACCUAGACACCCCUGUGGAUAUGACUUAUUCUUAUCUGCGAGCUAUGUCCCCCAUUCAUGUCAAAUAUCUUGCGAACAUGGGUGUCCGCUCUUCCAUGUCCAUCAGCAUAGUGGCUUUCGGUGAGUUAUGGGGUUUAAUUUCAUGCCAUUCGUAUGGCGACUCGGGAAUGAGAGUUGCAUUUCCUAUACGGAAGAUGUGUCGUCUAAUUGGCAGUGCGCUCUCACGCAAUAUAGAGCGCUUUUCCUACACAUCCCGGUUACAAGCCCGCAAACUCAUAAAUACCGCCCCAACGGAUAAAAACCCGCAUGGGUACAUUGUUGCUUCCUCCGAAGAUCUACUAAAGUUGUUUGACGCUGAUUACGGUGCUGUGGCUAUUUGUGAUGAAACUAGAAUUCUCGGGAAGCCGAUUGAUUCGCAGGAAAUACUGGCAUUAGUCGAAUACCUUAGACUACGCAAGAUUAACUCCGUGGCUGCCUCUCAUUGUAUCUCCGAAGACUUUCGUGAUCUUCGAUAUCCCCCGGGAUUAAAACACAUUGCAGGUCUACUUUAUGUGCCAUUGUCGGUGGAUGGUACCGACUUUAUUGUCUGUUUUAGGCAAGCAAAAGUGACAGAGGUCAGAUGGGGUGGAAAUCCUUAUGAGAAACAAAUCAAAAGUGGCACCACUGGCUAUCUAGAGCCGAGAAGGAGCUUUCAGAUUUGGCGAGAAACAGUUGCGAACCAAUCUAGAGAGUGGUCUGAAGCAGAGGUAGAUACUGCCUCUGUGGUAUGUUUGGUCUACGGCAAGUUCAUCCGUGUCUGGCGUCAGAAAGAAGCUGCCAUGGAAAAAUCGCAUCUGACCAAGUUACUCCUGGCUAAUUCCGCUCAUGAAGUACGGACGCCAUUGAAUGCGGUCAUUAAUUAUUUGGAAAUUGCUAUGGAAAAUCCGCUCGAUCAAGAUACGCGCGACAAUCUGGUCAAAUCGCAUUCUGCUUCGAAAUCACUGAUUUACAUUAUCAAUGACCUGCUCGAUUUAACCAAUGCUGGACACGAUCUUAAGCUCAUCAAAGACGAAUCCUUUGAUUUCUAUGCGGUUAUUAAGGAAGCGACAGAAAUGUUUGGAGCAGAAGCACAACGGAAAGGUAUCAGUUAUACUGUGACUAUUAAUCCUGGUGUUGCGAGAUUUGUCCUUGGUGAUCAACGACGUGUUCGACAAGUGAUCAUGAAUCUCAUUUCCAAUGCUUUCCAACACACCUUAUCUGGUGGAGUGACAGUGGAGUUUAGUCAACCGAACACCGAACCUGAGCCUGGCAGAGCCUAUGUUGAGAUGGCGGUCUUAGAUACAGGUUCUGGGAUGUCACAAGCGAAGUUGGACGAACUGUUUCAUGAUUUGGAACAGGUUUCUACUGACGAUGAAUAUAUUCCUGAGCACCUGGAAAUGGAAGGACACUUAUCUGGUGUUAAAAGCUCCAGGUAUGGAAAUGGUGAACGCGUUUUGGGUCUUGGGCUGGCUCUAGUUGCCCGAAUUGUGCGUCACCUGGACGGGCAGCUCAGUGUCAAAUCGGAAGAAGGCAAGGGAAGUCGAUUCAAAAUCCUACUUCAAUUCCCGAUCUCUGAAAAUGAGACCGAUACGCAUGCUGAGCUGCCUGCUCCGCCGACAAUCCCAUCACCACCUGCGGACCUCGCCGGCGAAUUUAUGUUAGUGAAAAGAAACUCUGCUACACUACACCGCCGACACAGCAACGAAAGUAACCGCAGUGGCCUCAGCUCUCGAAGCGGAAAAAGUCAGGCCGAUAGACUUAUUACUGCCAUUCAGGAGCCAUUAGAGGUCAAUCCAACGGUUGACGGAGCUGCCAAAAGCGCUAUGCCAGUAUCGGCCGUUCAAUUAGAAUCGGAACUGAAGAAGAUAGAGGCUUCUUCCCGGAUAGAGGAACAAAUGACUAUGCCAUCUCUGGAAAAGACAUCUAUGGCAUCAACUUCUCCUGCUAAAGCGUCCGCUCGCGCCGACUCAGACGUAUCAAUGCCACAAUCAACCUAUCUGGAGGCGACCAACGAAGUACCGCCCGCUUCUUGUAGCUCUCCACCCCCACCACCCCCACCUCCACCACCAACAGUAGGGAAUCCAGCAACCCUAGCUUCUUCGCCUUCAAGCCAACCCAACACUUCUCUUGUGAUACCUCCAUUUCCGAAAACCUCGCUGUCAGUACUUGUAGCUGAGGAUGAUCCUGUUAAUAGCAAAAUUAUUCACAAGAGGCUGGACAGACUGGGUCAUGUCGUUCAUUUAACUGUUAAUGGGGAGGAAUGUGCCGCUGCAUUUCGAAAGGAUCCGAUGGGGCAUGAUGCCAUCUUGAUGGAUAUUCAGAUGCCAAUUGUCGACGGAAUUCUUUCUACUCAGAUGAUUCGCGAGUAUGAGAACGCCCAGAAUAGUACUUCGCCUUCCAGCUUGAUCGGAGGCCGAAGAAUACCCAUUUUUGCUGUUUCAGCAUCCCUUGUAGAAAGGAACAUGCAGAAAUACAUUGAUACUGGAUUCGAUGGUUGGAUUAUGAAGCCAGUGGAUUUCAACCAACUCAGCACUAUCCUCACUGGUAUUAAUCAAGAGAGCGCCAGGAGCGCCACGGCAUACCGGCCCGGCAUGUGGCAUAAAGGCGGCUGGUUUAAAUCCGUUGAGUAA